GUUUACGGAACACGGAGCUGUACUUCCGGUGUAGAUAAAGACGUUCACGCGGAUCUACACACGUUUUUUAUUGCGAUUGAGUAACGUUAGCAAAUGGAAAAGGGUAUAGCUUGCAACUCAACUACACCAACGUCUGCUUUAUUUUGGUAUUAGCUAACCUAUGAACGGAGGGCCCACAUACUUCCGCACUGGUCUGUCAACAUUUAACGGGCAAGCAUGAGCAGCCUGGAUCAGGACCAGCAUCUCCAUCCUAGUUGCCGUAACAAAACAACAGUCUCUAGUGACUCAUCGGACACUCCUAAGGUUGCCAAGCUGCCUCUCCAAGGUCUAAAAUUGGCAUCGCAUGCGGUGCUGGAGAAGGCGCAGGAGAGGGGCAGGUUGAAAUGCUCUAAAUGUGGAGGAUCAAGGAUGUUCUUCUGCUAUACAUGCUGCUCAUUACUGGGUGUCAACCUGCAAGAAAUCCCCGUAAUCAAGCUGCCAGUGAAGAUAGACAUCAUCAAGCAUCCUAAUGAGACGGAUGGAAAGAGCACCGCAGUCCAUGCCAAGAUCCUCGCACCCAGUGAUGUCACCAUAUACACUUACCCCUGCAUACCGGACUAUAAAAAGGAAAAGGUGGUGUUGGUGUUCCCCGGUCCAGAUGCUGUCUCGGUUCAAGACAUGAUGCAGUGUUUGAAGGACUUGACAGACAGCAGGUCACAUGGUGCCUCUUAUGAACCCCGCAUAAAGAGGCUGAAAACUGAGGAAGUUCAAGGCCCCACACACACUGCAGAGAAGCCACAGUCGAGCCCAGAUGAAGCAAAGAACUUGGAGUCAAGGAUGUAUCCCCUACAGAGGGUGGUCUUCAUUGACAGCACAUGGAACCAGACCAACAAGAUCAGCACAGAUGAAAGACUGCAAGAUCUGCUCCGGGUGGAGUUGAAGACGAGGAAAACGUGUUUCUGGCGAAGUCAGAAGGGCAAACCAGACACCUACCUAGCUACUAUCGAAGCUAUUUAUUAUUUCCUCAUGGACUUCAGCGAGCAUUGCCUUGCUCAGGAGUACAAUGGAGAAUAUGACAACCUUCUCUUCUUCUACACCUUCCUGCACUCAGUUGUCAACAAAGCAAAGACUUCUGCUGGAAAGUGCUGAGGAAUACUUCAAGGAAAAACUCCCAUCAGCUCCAAAAGAUUUAUGAACUGUAGCUGAGGAGUAGAUUCACAUGCCAACCCUUUUAUGAUUUUGAUGAGUUUUAUUUUAUGGCUGUGUGAUAUUUUGUAUGAGAUACUAUUUGGAUAAGAAUAUGCAAUAAAGCGCAAGGUUUACAAUUGCCCAACAUGAUAGAGGUUUGUUUGGCAUACAAAUAUAAGACACACAUCACACAGCUGCAGCAAACUGGAUGACAGCAAUAGUAAUCUCAGAAAAUCAUCUGCAAAGUGACAAACAGUUAAUUCUAAAAAUCACAAAGGGAAAUAGUAUCAACUUGGUCUUUAAUUCAAAAUGUUGAAAAUGAGCAUGUUUGACAUUUUGGUGUGAGACCUAAUGCUCCUCCCACUUUAAUUCAUGCAGGUUGCAGUGAGUGAUUUAAAUCUUUGACUAUAAAAUGUAAUAAUGAACAAGGAAACGGACCUCAGAUGUGUUUCAAUAUUUUUAUUUACAAAUCAGUACACGUUUGAGUUACUAAUGUCUCCUAUUUUCAAAAAAAAAAAAUCAACUUGUAGUAGAAACACAUUUCUUCCAGACCCGAUAAAUAUGUUCUCCAAAAAUAUAUAUCCUGAAAGCUAAUGCUGGGUAUUUGUCUACUUGAGAACUACUGUCCAUGAUGGUGAACCAUUGAGGGGCCACUAGUAGAAGGUCUCUCUGAUCUUGGCUUGCAGGCUGUCGCAUGUCUUCUUGGCAUCUCCCAGCAACAUGGAUGUGUUGGGCUUGUAGAAGAUGGGGUUAUCUACUGCAGCAUAGCCCACACCCAAUGUGCGCUUCAUCACUAUCACCUGGAGUAGAGUUUAAAUAAGUAUAUAUAGUCACUGUACCACUCUGAUACAAAUAUAGGGAUAUUGUUGUUGCAGCAAUACUUAUCAACGGUAGUUUAAAUGGUAGACCAACCUGUUUGGACUUCCACACCUCCAGAACAGGCAUGCCAGCGAUUAUGGAGUUGGGAUCCUCUUGUGCUGCAGAAUUCACAGUGUCGUUGGCUCCGAUCACCAGUGUCAAGUCCGUCUCUGUGGGCCACAGAUGUUUACACAUUUAUACACAACGCAGACAAAACCGUUGGCGAAAUGCCAUGCAAUUGUCCUCACUGGUGUCAUUGGGUUCCCCCCAGCACCACACAUAUUUCCCUCUGUCAUAAACAGAACCAUGUGUCUCAGUAAGCUCGCCCAGUUGCUAAGAAAACAAAAACUGUUGCCCUGAUAAAAAAUGGCAUGUCUAAAUAUCAAGACAACACGAGGCUGCUCCAAGUGCGUAUGAAACGGGGGAUGAGAUUAUUACACAUAACUGAUUUAGUACUAUUACCGGACACCUUCCUGACAAAGUGACAACCAUGUAGUAAACAUUUCAACAGCUUUCUUCAGAUACAAAACAAAAGAGUUAACCUGGGAAGUCAUCAUUGAUCUCGUCCAUCUCCAGGACCACGUCGUAGGGAACACCAGCCUCAGCCAAGAGGACAUUCAGCUGGCCGGGCAUACGACCGGCCACUGGGUGGAUACCAAACCUGUUGAAGAAAAAAACUGUUACUGCUCAUCAACACACCUUGAUUUGCAUUGAAAGCUCACUACUCCCUGCUCCUGUGGAAGCACAAGUAAAAAUGCACCUGUCUCUUUCUAAACAAAUUCAGAAUAUAUUAUAUAUUCAGUUGUGGAGAAUUAAGAUAUUUCCUGAAGAAAAAGUAGCAACAUUAAAAUGUAAUAAUACUCCGUUACAAAGCAAAACAUUCUGCAAUUUAAAAUCACAUUUAAGCAAGAGUAUUGAAAGUAAAAGUACUCUUUACGCAGCAGAAUGUCUCCCCUCAGUGAUAUAUUUUAUAUUAUGCAUUCACAAGUAAGUGAGCAGCAUUUUCAUGUUGUAGAUGUGAAGAUGAAGCAGUUACUAUUAACUACUUCAUGCAGUAUAUUGUUGUGUUGUUUGACCUUUAACAUGUUCACAUGUUGAGUUAAUAUAAUAGUCACAUAAAGGGAGUAGAAAGCACAAUGUUUUCAUCUGAAAAGUAGUGGUGUAACAGUAUAAAGUAGUGUAAACUAAAAAGAAUCAAGUUAAAUUUAACUCAAGUACAGUGCUUGAGUAAAUGUACUUCUGUCUCUUCUUUACGUCCGUACUGUCCAGUACAUAUUAAAAAGUACUUUGCAGUUUCCAGCUUUGCUGUCAGGAGAAAAUAAAAAUCUUUCUCCCUAAUCAGGUGUUGGAAAGGAGUUGUUUUUGGGGUUAGACUCUCGAAGAUGUUCAAGUCACUUUACUACUGAAGGAGAUCACACAAUUGUGAUUGAGUCUUUGGCCCACUGAGGAAAGUAUUGCAGUAUUUAUAUAUUUACAGUCUCCGUGGCAACAUUACUGGAAAAACAUGCUGUAUUUCAGUUUUUCUAAAAACUGUGCACAUAUUUGAAGCUCAUGUAUCAGCAACAAGACUCCAGACUCCCACA